GGAGUAUUUAGAAGGACAAAAGGAUCUGUACAAGGACGUCAUGAUGGAGAAUCACCAGUCCCUCACAUCACCGGAUGGAUCCAGUGAGAGAAAUCCACCAGAGAGAUGUCCCAGUCCUCAGUAUUCCCAGGACUGUCCAGAGGAGAAACCAAAUAUCCCACUGGAUCAUCAGGAAAGUUCUGGUGAAACGACAAGUGGACUUGAAAAACCCAUCUCAGUGUCUGUGAAUGUGGAAGACGGGAUGAGCGACUUCUAUAGACAUCUCCAUUUAUCUUCCCAUCAUGAAGCAGAAGAUAACAAUACCACACAAGAUGAUUCAAUAACUCCUAAUGUACCCUCAGUCCUUCACAGCAGAGAUCUAUCCACUGAUACCGCUGGUCACAAGAAACCUUCAUCUAAGCAAUUACUGAUUGGUAAAACAAGAACUAAGCAGAAAUGUGGGAACAUUUUUUCUAGUGAGAAUCGUUGUAAAAAGAAAUCUAAUCUUUUUUUGCAUGAGAGCAAUUGCAGAGAUAACGGGUCAUUUUCAUGCUCAGAAUGUGGAAAAUCUUUUACCAUGAAAUCCAUUCUUGUUAGACAUCAGAGAACUCACACAGGGGAGAAACCAUAUUCAUGUCCUGAAUGUGGGAAAUGCUUUAAUCAGCAAUCAAGUUUUAUUCAGCAUCAGAGAACUCACACAGGGGAGAAGCCAUAUUCAUGUCCUGAAUGUGGGAAAUGCUUUAAUUAUCAAUCAAGGUUUAUUCAGCAUCAGAGAACUCACACAGGGGAGAAGCCAUAUUCAUGUCCUGAAUGUGGGAAAUGCUUUAAUCAUCAAUCAAGUUUUAUUCAGCAUCAGAGAACUCACACAGGGGAGAAGCCAUAUUCAUGUCCUGAAUGUGGGAAGUGCUUUAGUCAUAAAUGGUCUUUUGCUAGACAUCAGAGAACUCACACAGGGGAGAAACCAUUUUCAUGCCUUAAAUGUGGAAAGUGCUUUAGUCAUAAACCGUCUUUUGCUACACAUCAGAGAACUCACACAGGGGAGAAACCAUUUUCAUGUCUUGAAUGUGGAAAGUGCUUUAGUCAUAAAUCGUCUUUUGCUAGACAUCAGAGAACUCACACAGGGGAGAAGCCAUUUUCAUGUACUGAAUGUGGAAAGUGCUUUAUUCAUAAAUCAAAUCUUGUUGCACAUCAGACAACUCAUACAGGGGAGAAGCCAUAUUCAUGUCCUAAGUGUGGAAAAUGCUUUAAUCAGCAAUCAAGUUUUAAUCUGCAUCAGAGAACUCACACAGGGGAGAAGCCAUUUUCAUGUCUUGAAUGUGGAAAGUGCUUUAGUCAGAAAUCGAAUCUUGUUUCACAUCAGAGAACUCACACAGGGGAGAAGCCAUUUUCAUGUCUUGAAUGUGGAAAAUCUUUUAAUCAUAAAUUCAUUCUAGUUGCACAUCAGAGAGCUCAUACAGGGGAAAAGCCAUAUUCAUGUCCUGAGUGUGGGAAAUGCUUUAAUCAGCAAUCAAGCUUUAAUCUGCAUCAGAGAACUCACACAGGGGAGAAGCCAUUUUCAUGUCUUGAAUGUGGAAAAUCUUUUAAUCAUAAAUUCAUUCUAGUUGCACAUCAGAGAACUCAUACAGGGGAGAAGCCAUAUUCAUGUCCUGAGUGUGGGAAAUGCUUUAGUCAGCAAUCAAGCUUUAAUCUGCAUCAGAGAACUCACACAGGGGAGAAGCCAUUUUCAUGUCUUGAAUGUGGAAAGUGCUUUAAUAGUAAAUCACAUCUUGCUACACAUGAGAGAACUCACACAGGGGAGAAGCCAUUUUCAUGUUUUGAAUGUGGGAAGUCUUUUACUCAGAAAUCAAAUCUUGCUAGACAUGAGAGAAUUCACUUAGAAGAGAAGCCAUUGUAAUACUCAGAUUGUAACAGAUGUGGAGCUUCAUUGUGAGACCUGCUGCCUAAUCAUGUCUUCUGUAUAACUUAAAACAGUUGUCCAGUUUCACUCUGCAUUAAUCAUCCUGUUCUCUUCCUAUGGCAUAAUAUCAUAAUGAGGAGCACGUUGGCUCAGUUCUCCCCUUGUUUGCGUGGGUUUCCUCCGGGUAAAGCGUGAUGAUAAUGUCUGUAAAGCAC